GGUUUUCCUCAACGAGGGAGUGUUUGCGUCUGGUCCGGCUGUCCUGAACGCAGUUUGGUUCAGGGUUAUAUUUCACUUCAUUCUUGAACUGCAUCGACUGGAGGAGAGCGGUAGACACGUAAUGAACAGAGAGACCAGGAUGAAGACCUUUGAUAUGAUGAGAGCGGUGUCUUUCAAGUAAUGGCUAACACGUCUGUCACGACAUGGAUUUACUUCAAGACACCUGAAGAUCUUGAGGAGCUCUGAAAACGUCAGUCUCAAACCUGAUCUGGACAAUGAACGAUUCGAUCCCUCCUUAGCAGACGUUAUUUAUCUUGCUGAACUGGACAGAAAACGUUGAAAGAAGCACAAACGAAACCUCGAAGACGGGAAUGUUGGACAACUCCAAGGUCUCCAUCGAGCUGGGAGUCGCCAGGCUCGGGAACGUCGCCGAGCCCCAGAAAGCACGUACGUCACCGAAGAGCCUCAGCGAGUCCCUCAGCGGCAGCGCUCCCGAGGAACGCAACAAUCACAAUGCACUUAGCGAUAGCGCUUCUUCUCAGAACGUCCCAGGCACGUCCGCAGACUGGACUGAACUGGGCCCCGUGGACAGGAGACACAGUUCGGCGACGUUAUCUGAGGCCUCGGUGACCUCCAGUGCCGUCACCGAGGCGUCUCAGAGCUCUCGAAGCAGGUUCAUCGUGAAUAAGUCCCGGAACAAGUCCAACUGUUGCUAUUCGCUGAACAUGGCGUUUCUGCACUGUCUGGAGGAGACGCCGCUGCUGGUGUCCGGAGCAGUGCUGGCCAUCCUCUUCUGUGUGACCAUCAUCAUCAUCAUCCCCUCCACCGGCAGGAGCCUCGUCGUUCACGUGGCGGCGUUUGCGGUGGUGUGUGUGGUGGUGUGUGUUUGCGUGUCCCUGCUGCUGUGUUUGCCGUGUUUGCCAGUGCUUCGGCGAGGAGAAACACCGCUGGCGAUCUUCAUCUGGUCCAUGCUCUUCAUCGUCGCCUUCGUCUUCGUCUUCACCGGAGGCGUGGUCACGGCCUGGGAGCAGGUCGCGUUCUUCCUCUUUCUGUCUUUGUCCGUUUAUACGGUUCUUCCUCUCCCGCUCUCAUGGGCUCUGAGCUUUGGCAUCGGAACCAGCGUUUGUCACAUCGUCGUCAUCAGUGUGUACGUGUCUGUCACCAGCCCACAGACACAAGACCUGGCCCUGCAGCUGGUGGCGAACGCUGUGCUGUUCGUGUGUGUGAACGGCGUGGGUGUGUUUCACCUGUGGCACACUGAACACGCUCACAGGAAGUCCAGCAAGAAACGGGAAGACUUCAGCAGAAACCGCGCCACUCAGGCCAAGCAGAAACGUGACCAGGAGCAUCUGCUGCUGUCUGUGCUGCCGAGAUAUAUCGCCAUGGAGCUGAAGACGGAGAUCGUCAAGCGUCUGACGGCUACAUGCAGCGCUGAAGACAACAAGCCCAACUUCCACAGUCUCUACAUACGACAGCACAGAGGUGUCAGUAUCCUGUACGCUGAUAUCGUGGGCUUCACACACCUGUCCAGCACCUGCACACCCGAGGAGCUCGUGGCCGUCCUCAACAAACUCUUCGGCCGCUUCGACGACAUCGCUAAGAAGAACGGCUGUCUGCGUAUUAAGAUCCUGGGCGACUGUUAUUACUGUGUGUCAGGUCUUCCUAACCCUAUCCCUCAUCACGCUCCAAACUGUGUUCAGAUGGGGCUGGACAUGUGCACGGCCAUCAAUAAGCUGCGGGAGGCGACGGACGUCAACAUUAACAUGCGUGUGGGCGUUCACACGGGGAACGUUCUGUGUGGCGUGAUCGGCCUUCAGAAGUGGCAGUAUGACGUCUGGUCAGAUGACGUGACUCUAGCCAAUCACAUGGAAUCUGGAGGAGUGGCCGGGAGGGUCCACAUCACAGAGGAGACCUUCGCUCACCUGGGCGGGAAAUACCAGGUGGAGGAAGGAAACGGUGGGAGUCGUGAUUCCUCACUGAAGGGAAGGAAAACAUACCUGGUCAUCGAUCCUAAUAAAGAAAACUAUGAUACAACACCUCAGACUAACGAGCUGACUGUGGAAAACAAACUGUCGAAUCGUCCGAAGCUCCGAGCGUCGGUUCGGAUGUCGCAGUACCUGCAGUCUUGGAAAACCGUCAAACCGUUUUCUGGACUCAACCAACCAGAGGCUUCGCUCGCAGCCCCGCCCACUGCUGACAGCAGCACCAGCCAAUCACAGCUGGCCACACAGGAGCUCCCAGAGAUCAACACUCCAAGACCUUCACAAGUUCUGGAAAACAGCCUGGCGGACUCAUUAGACUCUGUGACAUACAGGAAACGAGCAAAGCUGAACAUUGUGACCUUAUUUUUUAACGAUAUUCAGCUGGAGAAACAGUAUUCGUUAAGUGAGGUCCAGGGCCUUCAUCUCUCUGUCACAUGUUUGGCCUUCAUCUUCAUCUCUGUGUUUGUGGUUCAGAUGCUGACCUCGCAAAAAAACUUCGCUCUGGCGGUGUCGUACGGGGCCACCUUCCCUGUCCAAAUAAUGAUCGUGCUUGUGGUCUUCACUAAAUUCCUCAAGCGCCUGCGCUCCAAGUUUCCCCGCAGCAUCGUCUGGAUCUCGGCGCUGUUCCGGAGUGCUGUCACCAGGGCGGCGCUGCGUCUGCUGCUGGUGCUCCUCUGUCUGCUCAUCACGCUGCUCAUGGCGGUGCUCAACAUAGUUUUUAUCCCAGGUGAUAAGUGUUUAAACGUUUCCCACAAUGCAACAGAGCUGAACUCUCUCAAUCUCUACACUGUCCCGUAUUAUCUGUACUGCUGUCUGCUGGCGAUGCUGGGUGUGAUUGUGUUUGUGCGUGUGAGUGUGUCUGUGAAAGUCUUCCUCCUGACCCUCGCGCAACACGUGGUUUACACACACACUUUCUCACACAUUUACACACCUCACUGUGUGUGUUUCAGGCCAGGAGUUCUGAAGGAGCCCAAGAUCAUGUCCGGCAUCUGGCUGGUCAUUUUCUACUUAACCUCCCUUAUUCGACAGGAUGAGCUGGGCUCUCGGGCUGAGUUUCUGCUGGAGAAGUGUUUUAAUAAAGAGACGGAGGAGAUGGAGACGACCAAGAACGUCAACAGACUCCUGCUGCAGAACCUUCUUCCUGAACACGUCACGGACUUCUUCAUCGGCAAAGACAUCCAGAACCAGGACUUGUACAGUAAGUCGUGUGGGUGUGUUUGCGUGAUGUUCGCGUCCGUGCCUCAUUUCUUCAAGGAGUUUUACAACGAGAGCAGCGUGAACAACGACGGCCUGGAGUGCCUGCGCUUCCUGAACGAGAUCAUCUCCGACUUCGACGAGCUCCUGAACAAGCCCAAGUUCAGCGCCGUGGAGAAGAUCAAGACCAUCGGCAGCACCUACAUGGCAGCGGCGGGACUCACCAAACCUACCGAAGCUGAGGAGAGACAGUCCAGUGAGAUGUCGUUCAGUCACAUCCGCUGUAUGCUGGACUUCUCCAUCGCUCUGAUGGCCAGACUAGAGAACAUCAACAUGCACUCCUUCAACAGCUUCAAGCUGAGGAUCGGGAUAAACCACGGCCCCGUGAUCGCCGGCGUCAUCGGCGCUCAUAAACCUCAGUAUGACAUCUGGGGAAACACGGUGAACGUGGCCAGCAGGAUGGACAGCACCGGAGUCCUGGACAAGAUACAGGUGACCGACGAGACGGCGCAGGUCGCUCAAGCGCUGGGCUACGGCGUCACUCUCAGAGGAGCGGUCAACGUGAAGGGCAAAGGUCAGCUGACCACGUACUUCAUCAACACCGAGCCCCCGCCGCAGUGACCGAGUGUCUCACUCAGGUCCUCUCUGCUCUCGCAGCCCCAACUAGUUAGCACUUACCAACUAACCAACUCUAGCACUUCUUAAAAAUGAAGGACGGUCAGCGUUUCGUAAAUGUUUCUUCUGCGUGAAGUUAAUCUUUUCUAAAUUUCCAAAGUCCCGAAUGACUCUGGUUUUAUAUCGAUCUCCUCGUGCACUUAUUUAUUGAUUGUUGUUAAUAUGUAUUUAAUGUUUUGUAUGCUUAAUGUUAAAAAUGUAUAGUUUUACGAAUAAAAACGUUUUAUAAAAA